AUGGAGGAGCAGCAGCAAGAGAAAACACAUGUAGUAGACAAAAGCUUCCCACUCUUCUCGAAGCCUUCAAAUACCCUAAAACGCCCCAAACUCCAAAAAGCUCGAAACCCUAAGGAAAACCCUGGAAUCCCAAAACUUGAAAAAGAAACCUGCUCAAACCCUAAUAACCCCGAUUCCGCCACCACCGAAACCGCUUCGUUUUCCGACCUUGGCCUUGCCGAAUGGGCAAUCCAAACCUGCAAAGAACUAGGCAUGGCAAACCCAACAGCCGUGCAAUCCCACUGCAUCCCCAAAAUCCUCUCAGGCCGGGAUGUUCUAGGCCUGGCCCAAACUGGAAGCGGCAAGACGGCAGCGUUUGCCUUGCCAAUCCUCCACCGCUUAGCUGAAGACCCAUAUGGGGUUUUUUCUCUUGUGAUAACACCAACUAGAGAAUUGGCUUACCAAUUGGCAGAGCAGUUUCGUGCUUUGGGUUCUUGUUUGCAUUUGAGGUGUGCUGUUGUUGUUGGGGGAAUGGAUUUGUUGAGUCAAGCUAAGACCUUGAUGGGGAGACCCCAUGUUGUUAUUGCUACGCCGGGAAGAAUUAAGGUUUUGCUGGAGAAUAUCGAUAUCUCCCAUGUUUUCUCUAAAACCAAGUUUCUAGUUUUGGAUGAAGCUGAUAGGAUGUUGGAUGUUGGAUUUCAAGAGGAAUUAAGGGUAGUGUUCAAGUGCUUGCCAAAAACUAGGCAAACUUUGCUUUUUUCUGCGACAAUGACAAGUGAAUUGCAAACGUUGCUUGAGCUUUCUGCAAAUAAGGCUUACUUCUAUGAGGCAUAUGAAGGUUUCAAGACAGUUGACACCCUUAAACAGCAGUAUGUUCAGAUGCCUGAGAAUGUGAAGGAGAUUUAUCUUGUUUACAUUUUGUCCAAAAUGGAAGAAAUGGGGAUUCGAUCUGCCAUGAUAUUUGCCUCCACCUGCAGUACCUGUCACCUUUUGAGUUCAUUACUGAAAGAGCUUGAUAUGGAACCUGCAAAAUUGCACUCACUUGAAUCCCAGUCUUCGAGACUUGCUUCAUUACAUCAGUUCAAAUCUGGACGAGCUUCUAUAUUAAUUGCCACUGAUCUUGCUAGUCGUGGUUUGGACAUUCCUACUGUUGAUCUUGUUAUCAAUUAUGAUCUUCCAAGGGAUCCUAGAGAUUAUGUUCAUCGUGUUGGGCGUACUGCAAGAGCAGGGAGGGAAGGGCUGGCUGUGAGUUUAGUUACUCAGCAUGAUAAGGAACUCGUGAAAGCUAUAGAAGCUGAAGUCGGAAAACAGUUUGAGGAAUUUGAUUGUAAAGAGAAUGAGAUCCUUUCUGAUAUUACGAAGAGAGCAUAUUAUGGGGAUGCACUGCAAUUAGAUUUUACCAUUAAACUCCCACUACUUCAGUAUAUUAAUAUGCUAAUGCUUGUUUACAAGGCUAGACGUGUGGCAAAAAUGAAGAUGAUGGAUGAUGGGUUUGAUGAGCUAGUAAAUGAACGGAAAAAACAGAAGCAGAAAUCCCUAGCAGAGAAGGGGUUGUUGAAGAAUAAAAAGAGAAAGAGGAAAAGUCUGAAUAGGUAG